UUUGAAAUGGAAAGAGUGGGGAGAACAGAUUGUCGUUGAAUAUGGCAAAGAGGUAAAGGAGUUCGAAAGAAAGGGAAAGUUCAGAGAGAGAGAACACCGGUUAGCUAGAUCAUCGUGUUCAGUCUGCGGAAAGCGAGUGGUGGUUCACUUGGAAAUUUUGACAAUGAGUUGACUUAUCAUUGUUCUCAAUGUCCUCAAUCAAGAGGAUUGUCAUGCACACCCUCUAUCGAAUAUCAUUGGAUAGGGAUAACAAACGAUAAUAGCAAGAAGGAGGAGGGAGAAAAGAAUAAAAAGAAGAAGAAGAAGGUGGUAGUACCAUGUUAGAACCAGUUCUUGGAAUAUCACCGAUCUGGUGGUUGGUGUUAUAUGCUGCUCUGCUGUUAUUAUUGUCUCCAUUGGUGCUAUUGCUGAUCGUCUUUCUACCAAAUUUUCCAAUAUUAGUUUUACGUAGAAUGUGUUACAUACCAAUGGAAUCCAUAUGACAAUUAUUUUCAGUAUAUUUGAUAAAAACAGACAAUAUUUUCAAAGAAAUAUUCAAUUCUUUAAGCAUUGUACAUUAAUAUUUUGAGCAACGUCUAGAAAUUAUUUGGAUUUUUAUUUUAUAAGAUAAAUUCUGUAGAUCUCAAGAAUGACCGAAACAAAAAAAAUAUUUAUAAUCAAAAUUUUUAUCUCGAACCACCGAGUUUAUAUAAUACGAUUGAAAAAUAUUUGAUUCUUGAGAAGUUUACGUAGUCCAUGGAUGAAGAUCAAAUCGUAAUUGUGUAAAUCAAAAUGCGAAUACGAUUAUGCAUCAGCUUUAAUUAAAAAUCAAUAUUACGUAGUAAUUAUGUUUAUGUAGAGCUAAUGAACAAAACCUUCGACUAUUAGAAUGCAACCAUUUUUUGUUUUUAUUAUUCAUCCGUGUUUGUAUGCAUGAAGGAUAUCUCAGUAAUGAAUAGGAUCGAAGGCAUUUCCUGUUGUUUUUAUUACUAUUUUUUACUAUCAAAAUGUUUCUUAUUUGAAAUGCAAACUUUUCUAGAAAAUGAAAAAUUAUCUCUUAAUUCAUAUGUAGCGUAUACUGUUAAAAGAAAACUAGUAUGAUAAAGAUAGCGAAGAAAAAAAAAUCAAAUUCAAGGAUAAUCCAAUUGAAAUUCCAUCGAUCUGAUGGAUAGACACAUGCUAUAUUUCAUUUUUCAAGAAAUUUCUUUAUACAACUAGUAUAAUAAUAUGUUUUAUUAUAUUAUUAGCAUUUAAUGAAACAACUCAGCAAGGACUUUAAUAACAUAACAAAAUCAAGUACAAUAUACGUUAAAAAUCUUUUACAUGGUUUAUUAGAAAAGCUGGCGACUUGGCAAAAGGGAGCAAAGGUAGCGAAUGAUGAAUUAUUUAUGAACGUAAAUCGUUAGUUCUAUGUAUAUUUAACGUGGAUAUUAUAUGACUCGGCAUGUAAUAGGAAUGUUAAGUGAAAAACAUUAUGGCGUUUGAUGACUAUCUAGAAUAUUUUCAAAUUUCUUUUUCAAUAUGAUAUUUUGUUUAUUCAAACUAUAAUUAUCAAAAUGAUAUUAAUUAUUGCGUAACCAAUUAUCGUAUGUAUGAAUUAUUGAAAGGGAAAUUUGAUCAAAAUGGAAAGUGAUAGUUCGAUAAUUUUUCACACGUGUCCCUGGAUAAAUUAGAGAAUAGUAUUCGAUUCUAUUAGUUUAUAAAUGUCCUAGUAAGGUGAUGUAGAAAUGAGAGUUUCGUUCAAGGUAGUAGCCCACUUUCGUUUCUAAAUAUAUUACGAUAUGAUCAAUCGAAUGAUAUUUUAAAUAUCGCGAAGAUAAUUGUUGUGUAAAUCUACGAUUAAUUGAAAUGAUUUAAAAUCAUGAUAUUGGUAUGAAAAAUUGUAUGAUAUAAGUAAAGGUCCUUGCAUCUGUUACAUUUGGAAAAGGAACAUCAGCCAAUUGUUGACGUCCUUCUACGUUUUAUCAGCACUCCUUAUAUUAUUAUAGUCAGACUCGAAGUUGGGACCUUAUAGUACAUGGCUAUCGGUGAGUACUUUCGCUGCGAGUUGGUUACGUAGUGGGGGAGUUGAGACUUGAACCCUGAGACCCCAUAAGCCAUAUAUACUACGGGAGCAUGCAAUUCUCUUGCUACUUGCUGUCAGCUUCUCGACGAUCCCCGUUCUUAACAAGCAACGUUAUUCAACGCAUUCAUCAAGAAGGCCAAUUCUGGCGUUGAACAAUAAAGAUGAGGAUCCUGAUCAUAUCACUAUUGAUAUGUAUCGUGGCAUCAGAACCAGGCUUGUUGAGGGUGCCAAAAGUAUACAACGCUGUGAUCACAAGUAAUCAAAAUCUUUCACCAUCGAGAGCUUACCCAGUGAUACAACCAGUAAUUCAUCGAACUGCGAUCGGUUAUGUGCCACCAUUUUAUUAUGCUAACGUAGCUCCUCACCUCGCUGGACCGGAAGUGAUACAUUUUCCACGUACCGAACAACCAAUUGGUAAUACUGAGAAACCUGAAGAUGUUGUUGAUGUUUCUACAGAAUCAGUUACAGAAAAAGAUGUAGGCUCAGGGGGAUCUAAUGAUGAGAAACAAAGUGAAAAUGAUUCUAAAAAGAAAAAAGGGAAAAAAGAUGGAGAAGAAGAAGUGCCACUAAGCUUUUAUCCAAAUUAUCAAUCACUUUAUUACGAUCCUUAUUUUUACACUUACAAUGCUUUCAAUCCCCAUUUGAUACCGGGAACUUAUUAUGUUGAUUAUCAACCAUUCGCACCGAUUCCACCGAUUAUUCCGAAACCAGCCACGAAUGGAAAUAUUCUGACAAAUUUUAGUCCUGAUGAAAAUAAGGAUAGAAGAAAAGAAGGAAAUGAGAAAGAGAAGAUACCGGAUGUACCAGCGCCACCAGUGCCAACGUCAUCUCCGAAAAAUUCACGUUGAUUAGGAACCACUUUAACAAUGGUUCUCAAUGUCUUUAUCGAAAUUAUGUAACUUUAUUAAUUUGUAAAAAACAACGUGACGCAAAAGUUUGAGAACUACUGUGUUAGAGGAUACCAUUCUUGAGAAUUUUUUUUGAGAAUUUUUCUUGAGAUACUUUCGAGGCUGAUAGAGACUGCUAAACAAAAAAAAAAUAUAUAUAUAUAUAUGUAUAUUGUUCAUAGUUACAUUUCUCCUGUUCUUUUUGAAAAUUUUCUUUCUUUUAUAAUA